UAAUCUAGGGAGUGUGUUUGUUCUUUGAUCCUGGGCUGCCCCUCUUGUCCUGUGCAAAGGCAGGGUAGGGUCUCCUGUCCCAGUCAGCGUUUAGCAAGGGGUGUGAUGGAUAGGGGCUGGGGUCUGGAAUGUGAAAGGGUAGGAUGAUUUUUGCUCUGUAGGGCCAGCAGGUGAUGGAAGUGAGGAAGAGCUGGGGACCAGCCUCUGGAAGUGUCAGUUGUGAUUGGGGCCUCAAGAAGAUGAUUUGCAGAGUGGGCAAAUAGAAACCUGUGAGUCAGUUCCUAGGCACUUAGUCAAGCAAGGAUUGUAUCUGCUGUCCGGGGAAGACCUUGAAGGAAAAAAAAUGAUUCCUUGUUGUGAGCUGUUUCCUUUUCAAAGUGCUUUUUCGCUGCUCCUGUCAUUUUGUUCUCAUUGGGUCCUCAGUGACAUCCUUAUGAGCUCUCCAGCAUUCCCAAAAGGCGAGGGGAGCCCUGCGUGUAAAUAACCACUGAACUCUGCCAGAACCAUAGGGUUCCAGGUCUCUGCUGAGGCUCCGCACUAACACUGGUUUCUCAGAAAGCAAAUCUGCGCACUUCAUCCUUGGUGUGAGGAGCCCACAAGGGGACCUAGAUCCCCAUAGUGCUUGGCCAGUCUGUUCCCAACCACAUGAAGCAAGUUCUGCUGCAGAUUGUCCCAGGCACAACAUGCACAGCUGCCACUCUGUCAUCCCUGCUGGCCAAGUGAGCUCAGAACAAGACCUGUGUUUGUUUCUGUGUGUAUCCUGGAACUUGCCAUAGAGUCAGUUUAAGCAGAUCUCUGUGAAUUACACUGAAUUCAUUUGAGAUGAGUCUCCCUUGGCCUCUGAGUUCCUGGAACCUGAGUUACCAGGAACACUUACUUAGAUCCCAGAAAUGAAAAUAAAACCACACAGUUUAGCCUAGUUCUGGUAGGAACCCAUCAGAUGGGCCUCUCAUUGCUUCCACAGGAGUGUUUCCCUGUCGGAUGGUAGGUGCCAUGCCUUCCACUUCACCUGGUUACACAGCUGGGCUCAAAAGUGGUAGGAAAAGGGCCAGGGAUACAGCUCAGUGGCACAAGCCCCUGCUUGGCGAGCGCAAGGUCCUGGGUUUGAUUCCCCAUACCAUGAAAAACAAAAACAAAGCGACAACAACAACAACAACAACAAAAUGCAUUCCACGGAGAAGUGAUGUGAAAGCUCUCACAGAUCCCAGGGCUGGGCAGGACCCAAGCCAGUCUUCUGACUGCAUUUCUUGUGUUCUUCCCACCCUGUCUUCAUUAAUGGACAGAGGAUUCUGAGCAGCAGAAUGAUGAGAGAAUGAGAGGGCUCUCAUGGAGUUAAGUAAGGGAUGGGUGGGGACAUGGUCAGGCUCAGUCCCUGAGGAGCCAUCUCUGCCUGAAUAGUGGUUCCUCAGUGGAUCUUCUUACAGGAUCUUAGCCCAGCAGAGCUGUAGCAUGUGGAAGUCUGUGCUUGUGCUGGGGCCAGGAGAGAGCAUGCUGUAGGACAGAAGCUGUCCCUAGGGCUGGACCAGCACAUUUGUUGGAGAACUUUCACUGAGGGACCAGACAGCAGCCUUGAUCCAUAUGGCCUCUGCUAAGCCCUGUGUUAUGAGGAAGUGUGGUGGAGAACCAAGGAGAUGAAAGUGAAAAUGCUUAAUUCUGACAGAGAAACUCAGACUCUGUUGACAGUGACAGUGACAUACAUGUUUUGCAUAUUGAUGUCUGGAGACCUGCGGUAGUGCAUGCUUAGUACUAUAGCAAAAGCCAUGCAUCCAUGUGACCUGUACAUAGCAGGCACACUGCCACAUGCAUCGGAUGUGCAGGUGUGUCCUAGGGCUCUUGUCACCUCCCUCUGCCCCAUGCAGAGUGCUCCAGGGAUUUCUCCACAGCCUUGUCUUCCCAGUGGGCAAAGAUGCACUCCUGCCAACCCAACCAAGAAUGCCUUUUGCAUCCACUCUGACUCCAGCCUACAGUAGGAGGAGCGGGGCCAGCACUUGAGUCCUCUUCCCACAUGGUACCAGCACCUGCCCUGCUGCUCCCAAUGCCUGGCGUGGUCUCCCAGGGCCUGUUAAUCCACUGUCGCCAGCCAGCAUUGCAGCUGUCACCAUCUCCUUGGAGGCUGUCACUCAAUCGCCACUGGUAUUCCCAACUUGACCCUGGCUCCUCAUCUACCCUGCAAGUACCAGUGGAGACCAAGACCACACCAACAUCCACAGGAGAGGCUGAUGGUAAGGCCACUCUGUAGAGGUGAGUAUGGCUCUGUAUGCGAAGGUCCCAGGGAGUGGGGCAGGAGUCCAGGACAGGCAAGGCCAGCUGAGAAGGUUAGUGUAAUUCAGAGGUCACCUCUGUAACCACCUGGGAGGAAGAGGGCCAAGAAGGGGACCAUAUAGGGAGAUAUCAAGUCGGUUGGCCGGAAAUAGAGGUCGUUCUAAUCUGAUGACUUCUGUUUUUCCUGUGUGGUAGGAAGUGAAGUUUCCUCGUAAGACUGGAGGGAGUGGUCAGGUUUGUGGGGAAGAAAAGAGAUUUUAAAUAGAUGCUGAAACCAUGAAGGAGCCAAAAGCAAAUGCUUUCCUUGCACCUGUAAACUUGAUGACAUUCUCAAAAGGAAUCUUGCUAAUAGAUCUGGGUUUCUGGUACCUGCUGCAGUGGCUGGCACCUAUGUGAGGACCCACGAGUACGUGCUGGGUCUACCCAUGUACAUCCUCUUGAGACUUUCCCCCUUGCCCAGGUCCCCAGUUCCCUUAACCAGAGCCCACACUAGGGGCUGUGUGAAUGAGGAGCCCUGCUCUGGCCCUGCCUUUCCAGCACCUGGGAGCUAGGCCCUCCUUCCUCUUUCCUUUUGCCCAUCCCAGGGCAGCCUUCUUUAGCCAAGCUUACCCUCUCUAGCUGUAACAGGUACAGGACUUACAGACAUGAAAAGUUUUAGGAAUGUCAGAGGCUGCCUGCCUUCUGUAGAAUACUGUGAUGGCACAGACUUUCAGUCAGGAUUUAUUGAGCACCUAGAAUGUGCAUUGCUCUAAAGGUUGGAACCUUAGUAAAUAAGAGAGGCAGUCCCCAUUGUUGCGAGUUCAAGACCAACCUGGGCUACAAAGUGAGCUCAAGUCCAGCCUGAACUGUAUAGUGAGAUCCCAUCUCAAAAAAACAAACAAACAAAAAAAAGAGGCAAACCCUGUUGUCUCAGAACGUGUUUUCUGCUAGCAGAACACAGGGAAUGAAAUGAGUGCUUUGGUGAGAGAUUCAGAGGGUAAUGAGAGUGGCAGGAGAAUCCAGUUUCCUCAGGGGUGGCAGUGAAGGCCUCACUAGGGAGGCAACAUCUAAGCAGCAGCAUGAGGCAAAGAACAAGCCUUUCAGGCUUGGAAGUAGCAACGGUGGUGUGUGCACUUAGGGAGGCUGAGGCAGCAGGGGGAUUCGCAAGUUCAAGUCCCACCCAGCUGGGCAACUUAGUGAAACUGUCUCAGAAUCAAAAAUUUUUGUAAAAGGAGCUGAGGUAGAAUGCCCCUGGAUUAGAUGCCUAGUACCAGGGGUGGAGGAAAAAGGCCAUUGCUAGUAGAGUGAGUGGGUGGGGGAAAGCACUAGGAAGUGAGGACGCGGAUAACAGAAGGCCAUGUCACAGUGACCCUGAUUACAGACGCCGGCUGCUGCCCUGAGUAUUAGGACAGCUGUAGCACAAGAGUGACGGGCUUGUCUUCUGUUCUUCAGAUGGUCACUCCAGCUGCUGGACUGUAAAAGUACAACACUAGGAGACCAGCGAGGCAGUGCAGUGUGGGAGCUGGGGAGGCUCAGACAGUUACAAUGGAAAUCAGUAUGGAGAUUCCUCAAAAAUCUAAAACUAUAAAUUCCAUUUGACCCAGCUAUUUCCUUUCUAGGUACCUUCCCAAAAGAAUUAAAGAUAUCAUACCACAGUGAUCCAUGCACACCCAUGUUCAUAGCAGCACAGUUCGUAAAAACUAAAUCUUGGAAGCAGCCUAUAUAUCCAUCAACAUGAUUGGAUAAAGAAAUAUGAUAUUUAUCAUCUUGAAUUUUGUUUUUACAUUAUGUAUUAUGUCCAUCCUUUUGAUUUGACUGACUCUGUUUUGUUAUGUCGCAUUUGGUUUUAUUAUCCUCAAAAAAAGGUAAUAAGAACUGUGGGAGUAAUAAAACCCAAAAUGUGUAAUUGUCAUUGUACAAAAGAGAGGAAAAGAAAGUGCUCUAAAGGAUAUAACUGCAUGUAUAUUUAAGUGUGUAAAAUACAUAACCAUAUUAUUGAGUUUUGUUGGAUCAUUGAACAGAACUGUUUGCAGUCUCACUGUUACAAUGUCCACUUUAUAUGCUUUAAUUUUGUAACUUGAAUAACUAUUUCUAAGAUGACAAUAUGUAAUCUCUUAACCAGUAAUUUCCUACUGUUUAUUUUUCCUGAAAUUCUGUAUAACUUGUACUCUUUUUCUUUUUCUCCUUAAAUAAAAUAUAAAAAAAGAAAUAUGAUAUUUACACAGUGAAAUACUACUCUGCCAUAAAGAAGGAUAAACUUGAUAUUUGUAGAAAAAUGGACACACAUUGAGGCCACAAUGUUGGAUAAAGUAAAGCAAACAUACAAGCUUAAAUAAUGCAUGGUUUGUCUCAUAGGAGAAACCUAAACUAUUAAAUAAGUUGAAAAUAAAAGACAGACAGAAAAAAAUGAAAGAGGAAAAAAAAGUUACUACAAUCCAAUAUACCGAAAAGUACACCUUGAUUUACUGUAAUUGUAUUAUAUGAUUUAUAUGUUUAACAUAUAUGUUUUAUUUCCUAUUAGUCUGGCUCUUAAUCUGUAUACUUGAUACUUGUUAUAGACUUAUAUUUUGGUACUUGAUAAAGAUUUAUAUUUUACUGAGCCUGGCAAAAAAAAAAAAAAAAAAAAGAGAAAAAAAUUUUUAAAUGUGGGUUAAGCCGAGGGGAUUGUAAUAUGUUAUGUACAUGUACCAGCUCCCCACAAUGAAUGUAAUCAUUAUGUACUAUGGACAUAUACUAUUAAAAUAAAAGAAAGAAAUCAGAGAAGUACUAGCCAAUGAUGCUGUGUAAGCCAGGAGCUUCAGUGAGCUCACCCUCACUGAGAGAAGAGGUAGAGGAGAGAGGAGGUCCAGUACCACCCAGAGCCCAAGAGGGUGAGGAGGAGAGCCCUGGAGCUCUCAGUGAUCCACUGUGCUUCUCUAUCACAGCUGUAGAACCAGCCUUUUGGUUGCUGCUGAGAUCCUUGUGCUGAAGCAUAUUGAGAUAGGCUUAGCCUCCUCAAAUGGAGAUCUGUUCUUUUGCAGUUGUGCAGUGGUGCAGGUUCUUUUUUUGGAUGGAUUGAACUUGAGACAUUUGCACUAAGCUACUUAAACUUUUUAAUUUUGAAAUAGUAUCCAUAAGUCACUAAAUUGCCUAGGCUGGUCUCAAACUGAGAUCCUUCUGCCUCAGCCUCUCAGAGUGCUGGUAUUGCAGGCAUGUACAACCUUCUCCAGUUUAUGGGGAGGAUUCUUAGGCGGUACAUAUGGGACCUCACAGCUAUAAGCAUGACUAGUUUGUGUACAGCUUGUGCACAGAUGUGAUUCCCACCUGGGCCGAAAACCCCUUGGGAACAAGAGCUGUUGAACAAGCCCUCCUUCUACAGAAUAAGAUACAAGGCUCUGCCUGCAGCAGGCACUAAGUAAAUCUGGCUAUGCGGAAAGAGUAGAUAUGCACAGCUAUUAAAUGUUUCUUUGUGUGCCAGACACUGUGUGCUAGUAAUUUAUGUACAUUUAACACCUUUAAUAUUAACUCCAAGCCUUUAAGCCCUUUUAUUGUCACAUUUUCCAGAUGGGGAAAGAAUGCACAGGUCAGUAAGUAGCAGAAGGCUGACACCAGAGUGAGUCUCUAACCAGCAGGCGCACCAACUAUUGAGGCCUUCCAUUGGGUGUUGGUUGACACGUGGUACUUUGUCAUCCAUGGCACAAAUUAAAGGCCAAAGGAUUUGAAGUCAAAGUUUAUACAAGUUAAGCAUCCCUAGACCAAAAACCUGAAAUCUGAAGAGCGCCAAAAUCUAACUUUUGGAAUACUGACUUGACACAAGUAGACAAUUCCACACCAUGAAACUUGAGACUGUAAUGCAUAAAAGUAUUAAAGAUACUCUGUAAGUACUUCUAGGCUAUGUGUUUAUAAACCAUAAACAGAUUUAGACUUGGAUUCAUUCCCAAGAUAUAUUUUGUUAUAUAUAUGCAAAUGUUUCAAAAUUCAACUGUCCAAAAUCUGAUCGCCUUGCCUUCUGGAGCUGGGCAAGUUCCUGUAAACCUGUACUUAAAUUUCUGCUUCUGGCUAGCUUUCUGACCUCAGGCAAGUUGCUUAACAAUUUGAAGCCUUGGCAUUUCAUUGUAAAUGUGACAAGAAUAAUAUAGCCACGGGCUUAGUAGAGGUCUUCUUAUGCUAUUAUACAUAAAGAUCAAGCUGGAAAGUACUACUGUAUGUUAGGUGUCAUCCUCAUGGUCCUUGUCCUAGAGAAUCAAGCCAAGGUUCCCUUAUCACCUUGAAGAGCCACUAGAGGGUUGAGGAGCAUACUGCAGCCACAGGCCCUGCCUCAACUUGUUGCUGCCUCUCUGCACUCCUUGUUAUUGGUAUUUCCACGAGAUUUGGUUCAGUGAGCUUCAUGGUUUCUUUUUUUUUUCAAGUCCUGGCUAGCUGAUUGUGUAAAUCUUUCCAGAGCUGACUGGCUCAGUUGGGAGAAAAAGGAGCCAGUCCCCAGACUUCCCUUGCUUCUCUCGUGUCUGACCUCUGGGCUCCCCACCUGCUCUUCCUCUUGUGUGCCAACAGUUGAUGUCAGGUGUUGUCCCCAGGGGGCUACCUUUUUGGAUCCAGCUCUUAGAAUGCUCUGCUGUGUAUACUGGGGGUCUAGGUGUGCCUGGGGACAGACCCCAAAAAGCCUCUUUCCAAGGCUGGGCUGAAGGUGCCACGUCUGCUCCUCUGCUUCCUGGAGCCAGGGCUGGUAGUGACUUUUCUGAUGUUAGAAGGAGGUUGCCCCGUCUGCUUCUCUCAGGUGCUGCCUUAUGCCCUGGCCUUGGAGUCCCAGCUCUGGCUGUGGACACCCCGCUGUAGACAUCACAUGGCAGUGGUCCUCUUUGGAUCUGCAAACCCAUCUCUGAAGCUGAACAAAAGCAGCUGUGGGUGUACAUGUGGCUGUGUGUGGGAGAGGACAGGGCCCGACUAGGAUGGUGUUGACCUUCAGUGUCCCAGACCAAAGGUCUUGGUCAAGCCAAGGCUUCUGAAUACAGCAGCUUGCCUUCUCCCACAGAGAUAUGUUCCUAGGACCUCCAUGCCUGAAACUUGAGAGUGUCCUGAAUUCCCUAGAUACUAUGUUCUUUUCUGUAUAUACACAUCUAUCAUAAGUUUUAAUUUAUAAAUUAGCAACAGUGAACAAUAACACUACAGUUCUAAUAAUACGCUGUGAUAAGAUUGUGAGUGUCGCUUCUCUUGCAUGUGGGUACUAGUAUGAAGUAAAAUAAGGGGUGCUUGAAAGCAGAUACUGCAAAAUGGUGACAGUUGAUGUGCUGAGGUGGCUGCCCAGUGAACGAAGGAGCUGGUAGCAUGGAGAGCAUGGAGGUGCCAGACAGAGGGAUGUUUCACACCAGGCACUCAAAGUGGUGUACGACUCAAAACUCAUAAAUUGCUCAUUUCUGGAAUUUUCCAUUUUAGUAUUUUCAGAUGUUGGUUGAUCACAGAUGUCUGUUCAUUGCACAACCAUGGCUGUGGGAGAUGACUGUAUCCAUUGGUCUGUCUAUCCCAGAGCCUGCUUUGGGGCUCUCUCCUUCCUCCGGGAUAUCCUUGGGCCCUGGAGAAAGGGGAUGAGUUCUUGUUUGAAAAUAUGUUUGAGGCUUUUUGCUAUCAUACUUAUUUGUCUUUUUUGUUUCUUGUUUUUCUAGUAAUUCAUUUUGUUUUGUUUUUCCCUCUAAUGCAUAAAAUAUAGAUGUACAUGUAGAGGGUUAUACAUGCCUAGGACUUCUAAACAGUUUACAAGAAUCGAUUAAUAUUAUGUAUGAUGAAAUGAAUAGCUACUUUGAAGAAAAAGACAUUAUGGUAGCCAUUGCUGAUUUCCUGUCAUUGUGCUGUGAAACCCAGUAAUGCUUUUAUUCUUUGUUUAGAAUGAUUUUAGUCUGUCUUAUAUUACUUAAUUUCAACAUAUUAGGAAUAGACAGGUAUUUUGAAGAGAACAAGAGACAUUACAGUAGCCAUUGUUGAUUUUCCUAUUGUCUGGUUUUGAAGGUUUGUAAUGUUUCAUUACCCUGCUUUGAUCAGUUUUAUACUAUUUUGUCUUGUAUGAAUUCAUUGCAUGUGAAGAUAUAGACAACUAUUUAGAAGAAAAAAAGAGAUAUUAUGGUAGCCACUGUUGAUCUCCUGUUGUCUUGCUUUGAAAUCCUGUGUCACUUAAAUUGGUUUCUUCUGAUUUGCUUUGUUCUGUUUUCUUAUGUUUUGUUUUACCCUCUUUAAAGUUAAAAAAGAAAGAAAGAAAAAUACAUUUGGGAGCUGAGGAUUUAGUUCAGCAGAUUUGUAAGUGCCUAUCUGGCAAGCACGAGGUCCCCGAUAUCAAAAACAAGACAACAACAACAAAACAUUUAAAUUCUAGGAGAAAUCUAAAAGUGGUAUUUAGGGGCUGUGUGUAUCCAGGCUUCCAUGUCACAGAGCCACUGGACUCAUUUUCUGAGGGUGCGAGGGAAUACCAUGGUCAGGAAGGAAAGAGGGCAGAGAAUGUGAACCGAGGAUGGUAGUCCAUAACUUCAUGAAAGAGGUACCCUCCAUAGAUGGUUGAGCUAGGGAAGAAGCAGCCUUUCUAAGGAAAGGCAGGAGAUGUUCCUGCCUGGGGAGCACCAAAGGAAGUAGUUCCCUAGGGGUGUGGUCAGAGCUGGAGGAGAACCAAAAAAAUACCACCACCACCACCCACCCCUGCCAAGGGCUCGGGGAGUUUCAGGAAGGGAGUGGCAACUGCCACUACAGGGUAAAAGGGCAGUGAUUUGGAAGUCUCAUGGGCAGAUCUGAUUAAAUGGUAUAAUUUAGAGCAUGGGUAGAGCAUGGGUCUUCAGGUGUAUGUAAAAUAUGAGUUGUGAUAAAAAUUAUAGUGGAUGUUUAAAUUUGAAAAAUGUCUGACAGUAAAUGAUAUAUCAUUUAAUCCUCCUUAAGAUUCUCUCCCCACUUGAACAUACUAAGUUCAUCAUGCUUGGCACUUUCUGAAGCAUUCUGGAGUCUCUUUUGUGAGGUGUGAUCAAACAUACAGUGAGUGCUGCUGCUGAGUACUAUCCAAUGAAAAGGUGAGCUUGUGAAAACAUUACAGUGUAUCCUCAUCUACUUAUGAAGAAUUGGCAACUUCUGGCUCUUCCCUAGCAUCAAAAUGACCCUGCAAGACAAACAUUUUGAGUGAAUUUCAGGGCAUCGAGGCAGCUGUGCUAAUGCAGCUAACCACAGGAAUAUGCUCAGCUUGGUGUGUAGAAGUGAAUGAAAGCUGCCAGAACCAGUCCAGUCCACCCAGGAGGUCACAGUUGUGUCCUGAGCCUUAAGAAAUAUUUGGACUGUGAAACAAAGGAACGGAUAACAGGGUGGGCUCAUAGGACUUGUAUACCCAGCAUGUUCCGUUCUGGACUGGACAAGGGACAGGGUACAGAAAAAGCAGGAUCCAUUCUGGCAAGCAGGCGGAUGGGGAAAACAAAGCAUAGAAAGAAGGUAAGGAGGAGGCAAAUGUGUUUUGCCUAGUUAAGUCCUUCUGCUUAAAUAGGUGUCUUCAGGAAGAAGCAAUAGGCUUUCUCCCUGCAAAGCUCCUGACUUUUCUCCCUUCGCCACACUUUUCUCUGCCUCUGCUCAGAGAUGUAAGCCCAAACCCUGGGAGUCAGUCAGUUUCCUUUGCUGCUGUCAAGCUUUGAGUUCUCUCUGCUGAGAACAUGCAUCCUACAUCCCCCAGGUCAUCACCACCACAGCCCCGGCCAUACUUUCUGUCCCCAUCUGGGCAGUCCCAGCCUCCUCUUCUUCCCCUACUGUCCCCAACCCUUCUGCCCAUUCGCCAUUCAGCAUGUGGAGUAGUCUUUUCCAUUUUCACCAGAGACUUCCUAAAAUGUGCAUGCCUUCCCUGGUCCACCAGGCACUCCCCUCCACUGCACCCGUUGGCACUUAGGCAGCACUGCCCCACUUCUGAUUCUCAGAAGCAGCCAGCUCUGUCCCAGAACUGACCUCUGCCCCUGCUGCUCCUUCCACACUCCUCACACUUGCUGCUCAGGUGUCCCCUCCUCAGUGAGGCCUUCUGUCUAAAGUGAUAUCCUGUUUAGUCUUCAGAGACCUAUCACAACCUGUAGUUGCACCUCUGUUUACUCCUUUGUCUCCUUGGCGAGGGUAUAAAUAGCCCAGGACCAGUUCAGGGCAUCUGUCCUGCCUGGCCCGGCCCCUGAGCUCGAUAUUGCCAAUGCCUGGCACCAUCAGGCAAUCCAGUCGUGGUCAGAGUCAGAGUUGGUGCUGGAGGGGCUUGGCAGCAGGUGCUCAGCCACCAUUAGAGCCCUUGCCACUCACUGCUGUCAGAAGCUCUUCAUGCACAGGGCUGUGGAGAUUAUAGACUCCUGUGAACAACCAGAUAAUAACUGUGUUAGGCUUUGUGGACAGGUGAUAUGGUCAGGGUCACAACUAAUAAACUGCCGAGAUGCUGUGCAAGCAACCACAGGCAGUGUGUAAACAAGUGAAGGUGGGCUGUGCUUUGGUAAAAUUUAUUUACAGAAAGGAGAUGGGUCAACCAUCUACUGAGGCAAAAGAGUAUCUGUGAGAGAUUGCUGUUACCUAGAGAUUGCUGUUACCAUCAUUGCUUGCCAUGCCCUGCAGUAAGACUUCUCCAGGCCUCAAUUUCCUCACUUAGAAAGCAGGGACUGGUGAUAAUAGAUAUGCUAUUGUUAUGGUUCAGGUGAGCCAAGCAUGUGUAUUUGCAGCCUCCAGCACUGGAGCUUAUGGUCCCUGUGCAUCACUGCAGACCAUCUGCUCCCCCUCCCCCCAAGGCAGAACUGCUCUGAGUUCUUUUCAUGGCUCUGAAUCUGGCUGCUCUUCUGCUCUGUGACCUUGCACAGUGCUUUGUUUUACUUCUUUUUCUCUUGAUUUCAGUCCUGAGAGCAAAUCUAAAAGUCCUACUGGAUAUGCUGAUUUGUCUGAUGCAGGCUCUGGAUGCUCAGAGGAGCAGAGAGUGGCCCCCAAAGUCUCUCUGCAUGGGGGGGGGUGCCAGACCUGCAGUGCCUGGGUGGGUGACCAGUGAGCAGCUGGGCCUUCAGUCUGUACCCACUUCUCUCCACCAGUGUCACUUGCUCCACUUUGAGGAAAAUGAGGAACUAGAGGUUUCCUGACAGCAUGGCGAGAAAUCACACUUCUCUCUUUUCUUCUAACAAAUUAAAAUCACACCCACAACAUUCUUGUAAUCCAGAAAGUUAUAUUUGAAAUCGCAUAGAAAUGUUAUUGGAAUUCCAGUGAGUUAAUUCCAGUCUGCUACCUCCAGUGCAAACCACCAUGAAAUAAAGACACUGAGACAUAGUCCAAGUUCUGGGCAGCCAAAGGGUCCUAAGUCCCAUCUAAGUGAGGAUAUAUAGACAAAGGCCUUGAUCCAGGGCCUCUCCCAGAAUUUAUUUGUUGUAGAGAAAGGAGUGGUUCAAGGAUGAGUGGCAGGAUGGCAGGAACUAUGUAAGUAACUUGAGCGGGUUAGCCAGGUAGGGAGAAAAGCAUCUGUGCAAUAUUCAAGGAGAAUGAUGUGCAGAAGGAUCAGUCUGCAUAACUCAGUUAGGGUAACAUUCGAAUUGUUUCAGUUUCUGAUAUGUAAACUUUUGUGUCCUGGGGAGUCAUAGCCUCUUACUUUGAGGCUUGAACCCAGGUGACAUUCCUGGAGCUGACUGGCUCUGCUAUUCCACUGUAGUUCAAUGAACACAAUGCCAGGAAAUAGAAAACUGUCAGGCUGGCCCCAAGGAUUACAUAUACCUUAGCCAGCCUAUUUGUAUUGCUUAUAGCCAAUUGAAGGGUAAAGGAAAUGCCAUAGUCAGCUCUGGACAUAUCAGUGCAUGGAAACAAGUCUUCGUUUGACUAAUGCUGAAGUAGUUGUUCUGCAUUCAAGGGGAUCCACUCAAAUUGGCUCCUACAGUCAUCUCCCAUGCUCCUGUCCCUUAACCUUCCCUGAGAAUCCACUUCUAAACCUGUAUAUUUUAUCUCAUGAAUGCUUCAUGAUGGGUCCUGCCCCAUUUAGGGUGUUCCUGUCUGCUUUUUAUACCAAGUCUUUUCCCAUAAGGCAACAUGGCCACCUUUCAUCCCACUUAAAAACCUUGGCACCAUGGGCUGGAGUGUUUAUUCCUGUUUGUGGUGUUCAUUCUGGGCUCAGCACCAGAUUCUCCUACUCUUGUUGCAUACUGACAACUCACAGACCUUUGGAGGUGUUUCUGGCAGUGAGCCAAGGUGCACAGAAGUCAGGUACAAUGGAAAAGAUGGAAGCCAAACAGGAGACUGAAAUGGGGGCUAUGUGAGAUGAGCCACAGUAGACUGUCUAGAGGGACUGUGCUGCGCUGACCUUGCAGGGAAGUCAGGAGGACACCAGGUCAUGUUGAAGUGCUGCCCAGUGCCACAGAAUCAAGGCGAGGUCCCUUGACUUCUCUAUCCUUCCAUAUCCAUCUCCUGCCAGGGCCUCUCACUAGCUGAACCCAACUGAAAGCUAGGGAGCCUCGGAGACAGAUUUUGAGGGGUGUACCUUCGUCCCAUGUCUUUCACUUUCCUGUUGCUAGGACAAAAUGCCAGACACCCACACCUUAAAGGAAAUGGAUUUUGGCUCACAGUUUGCAGAACUUUUAGUUCAUGGUUAGCUGGCUCUGAGGUCCAAGGCAGAGUGGUUUGGUGGAAGGGCCUGGGCAGAAGAGACUGGUCACCUUAUGGCACCUGGGAAAUACAGGAAAGGAAGGAAUGGAGAUGCAGCCUCCCUGGUCUGGUCCCCAGCGGCUGUUUCCUUCAAGCAGUCUGCCUGUCAACAGCAAACCAGCUAUGCUGCCCCCAUAAUCCAGUCCCCAUCCACACCAGGAGAGCAGACAGAAAUAGGAUGCUGUCAUGGCAGUGAUAGCUUAGACCCCGGAAUAAUAUCCAAGGAAGCAAGAAAUUAAGAAAUUUAGAGCAAAGGCUUUAUUUUAGGCCAGGCCUGGCGACCCAGCCUCCAGUAGCCAAUAUGGAAGACUGCGCACCUAACAGCUAAAGGGCAGGGUUUUUAUCUUGUAAAACCGCAAAUAGCUGCUGGUCUCACAAGGCAAGGAGUGGGGUGGGUUUGUGGCGCACUACAGAACAGGAACAUGGCGAUUACAUUUCUUGGGAAGAGUAAGGUUCAGGCAAGGGUUGGGCUAACAAGCAAGUUUAGAUUAGGCAAACCUCCUCUGGGGGAAGGCACAUCCUGCAAACAAGCAAGUUACCCUGUAAACAAGCAAGUUUCCCUGCAAACAAGCAGGUUUAGAUUAGGAAGACAUCCUGUUCUGCUCUUAGAGUUACCUUUGAUCUUUUUCUUGCCUCUGAAGAGACUUAUGAGGGUUUAUAUAUAUAUAUAUAUAUAUAUCAGCAGUAGAAGAUGGAGCUGAGCAAACAGGCAUAUGACCAUCUGUUCCUUUAAUGCCCCACUUACAGAGAUCCUGCACCACUAGCCUCAUCAGGGUCCAGAGGAGUUCACAUUUAUAAUCCCAGGGAAAAGUUAUUAGAAUUCUAAUAAGUGAUUCCAGUCUAUACUUCCAGUGCAACUCAUGGCAAGAGUAAAGAGACAAAACACAUCUGUAGCUGUGGGGAGUCAAGGGGGUCCUAGGUCCAGUUGGAAUAAUGGCUAACCAGAACAAAGACCAUGAGCCAGGGCCAAACCCUGGUUUUAUUAAUUUGUGAAGAGGGAAUGGCUCAGGGAUAAGUGACUGUGCAAAUGGCAGAAAGUACGAAAGUGCUGUGAGCCCGGCUAGGUAGGAGGCACAAUAGCACCUCUGCAAUAUGCAGAGAGAUAUGCGUAGAAGAGUAGCAUUCUGGUAGCAGGCAGUCUCUAACUUCGGAGGAAUCUGCCUAAUAUAGAUUGAGAAAGUACCUUGUGUUUUGGUGUCAGUGCUUCAGCUUUGAUGCCUUGUCUUCAUUCCCUGAAACAUCAGGAGUUCUUUCUGGAAUCUUAGUUUUAGGCAGCAACUUAACAUACUCUUGUUACUUGGCCAGCUCAGGCAUACUAGUUGAGAACUACAGGCAGGGCAUCACUGACCUCUCUCAUUGGUUCAAAGACUACACAUCAGCACCUUGACUAGCUAUUUGCUUUGCUGAAAGCCAACUGAGGGGGUAAAGUAUUAUUCUGCCCAGCUCUGUGCAUAUCAAUAUAUGGAAUUAGCACCAGGAUUAGCCAAAAUGGAGAAAAAUGGUCUUUCAGGAGAGCUAUCCAGGUGGUCCUCUACAUAUCUGGCUACAGUUAAUUUUUAUUCAUUCUAGAAUAUUCAUGGUAUUCGCUGGGAAAUUCUUUUAUAUUUUUCAUCUAGAAAAUGCCCCUUUCUUUGAGACCAGUUGAGGUGCUUUCUUCUUUGUGAAAUCAGCACAGGUACCUAAAACAGUGUUAGCAAUCCCUCAUGCAGGCCCCAAUGUCCUUUGUCUGUGUUUCUCUUGGUCACAUGUGUUUGCAUGUGUGGCCUUUUCUGCCCUUGGUGGGCUUCAAGGACAAUACCAAUGUUACCUGCCUCAACAUUACAGCACUGGGUGCCAGAGGAAGUUCACACUGUCACCAAGGGAUGCGUGGACUGGUGAACAGAGAGGCUGCCUUGUCCCAGGCUUUGUGGCUAUGACUGACAGAGCACAGAUGGAGCCCAGGUUAUGUAUCCAGUGCCUGGUGGUGACCAAUAACUUUCCAAGAGUGAGAUCUGGAAAGAUAGUUUCUGGGCUUAGAUCUUAGGAACUAUAACAAAAUGUGUUAAAAUAGCCCCAGAUUUCCCAGACCUUCCUGAAUCCCAGUAGGGUGUCUGGGGUUCUGGAGGUAGUGUGGACAAAGACCUGCUUUUGUUUGUUAAGCUUGAGUGUAAACUAAUGUGAGCAUCCUUUUUGUUGUUUGUUUGUUUGUUGUAGCCAAAGGCUAAAUGCAUGCUGCUGCAGAAAGCAAGACUUUUGUGUGUUCCCCAGAAAUGAAUCAAAAGAAAUUAUGAGUAAAUAAUUUAAAUUGUGACAAUCACAGCUAUCUUUUGGAAUUUUUAACCCCCCCCCAAAAAGGUACAUCCAUUUAUUAAGUGAAAAAAUGAUAUUUAAAAGAAACUCAGUAAGAAUUCUUGGGGAGGGGAUGGAUGAGAUAGAUUUUCUUUGGUCUUUCUUGGCUUGAGCUAAUUCUACCUCAGCAGGAAGGUGACACCACACAUUUCAUCACAGGCAGGAAUAAAACACUGCUGAUUAUACAAAGACAGCAUGUAUGCUGUACUAUUAGUGGUUUUGAAUUUUUUUUUUCUUUUUUGCUGUUCUGUUACAUAAGCCUUUGUGCACCAAGGGGAAGGCUGUAAUAAGUGGAGUGUCCACCCAUGCUCAUGGAAUGGCCCCCUGGGAAUGACAGAAGACAUCCAGUUAACUGGAGAGCUAUGUUUGAGAAGCAGAGACAGCAACUUUUGUGGUUGUGUGGUUGUACUGUCCUUCUGAUUAGAGUGGGCAGAGACUUGAGGAAGCUUCAGAACAAGACUCUGCUCUGAGACACCAAGCUCCCUACACGUAUAACAAUAUCUAAGGUUCCCAUUUUAUAGCUGAACAUAGUGUGAUUUUUAAAAAUGUAUAAUGAGGUAACAAAAAUGAAUUUCAAAAGCAAAUUCCAAACAACACUACAGAUUAGGAAAUGAAUAAGGGAAGUGCUAAUUUAGGCAAGUUGAAUAGGUCCCGGAAACAUGCACAUAAGUAGAUAAGGAAGACCAGGUUCAGACCUGGUCUUUGCUAGCUGUUCAGCAGGAAACAGGAGAGGAUGAGAGUCACAGGCUGGACCCGCCACUGUGGAGAUGGUGAGACAUGGGCUUGCACAGCAGCCUUUGGGAGCAGUGGUUCCCUAGUAUGCUUCAGGGGCUGGUGAAUGCCAGAGCAGCUUCACUACGAAAACAUUCAUAGGUUGUUACUCUGAGAACCAAUUAUAGGUCUCUCCUCCCAGGUGGAGUACAUUGACCUCUGGAAACCAACCAUGCUGAAAAUGUUUAAUCAUAGAAGACAGCAGAUAUAGACUGGAUCUUUUCUCCCAGGAGAACAGCUUGGAAACAUACAGUUUGCAAGAGAGGAAACUUACUUGCCCAAAGAAGCCAGUUGCUUACCCUGCUCCUUUCCCUGUGGCCACACCAUAGACACCGAACAUAUGAGCAAGAAUGGCUUAUUCAGAGGAACAAGGAGGGGUCCCCUGUGGUUUCAUCCGCCAGAACUCCAGCAACUCCAUUUCCUUGGACUUUGAGCCCCACACAGAGUACUGGUUUGUGGAGCAGUUGGAAGAGCGCUACAAAUGUGCCUUCUGCCACUCUGUGCUUCACAACCCCCACCAGACAGGCUGUGGGCACCGCUUCUGCCAGCACUGCAUCCUGUCCCUGAGAGAAUUAAAUGCAAUGCCAAUCUGUCCAGUAGAUAAAGAGGUUAUCAAAUCUCAGGAGAUAUUUAAAGACAAUUGCUGCAAAAGAGAAGUUCUCAAUUUAUAUGUAUAUUGCAAAAAUGCCCCUGGAUGUAAUGCCAAAAUGAUUCUGGGACGAUAUCAGGAUCACCUGCAGCAGUGCCUGUUCCAGGCCAUUCCAUGUUCCAAUGAGAACUGCCAGGAAGCAGUGCUCCGGAGAGACCUGCAGGAGCACCUGAGUGCAUAUUGCCAGUUCCGGGAGGAGAAAUGCCUUUAUUGCAAAAAGGAUGUGGUGGUAAUCAAUCUACAGAAUCAUGAAGAGAAUUUGUGUCCUGAGUACCCACUGUCUUGUCCCAACAAGUGCUCACAGGUUAUUCCGAGAACCAAGGUAGAUGAACAUCUGGCUGUGUGUCCAGAGGCUGAGCAACACUGCCCUUUUAAGCGCUACGGCUGUGCUGUAAAGGACAAGCGAGGGAACCUGCAGGAGCAUGAACAGUCAGCCUUGCGAGAACACAUGCUUCUGGUUCUGGAGAAGAACUUCCAGUUAGAGGAACAGAUUUCUGACUUAUAUAAGAGCCUAGAGCAAAAAGAAAGUAAAAUCCAGCAGCUAGCAGAAACUGUAAGGAAAUUCGAAAAGGAGUUCAAGCAGUUUACGCAGUUGUUUGGCAAAAAUGGAAGCUUCCUCUCAAACAUACAGGUGCUUGCCAGUCACGUUGACAAGUCAGCCUGGCUAGAAGCUCAAGUGUGUCAGUUGUUAAAAAUGGUUAACCAGCAACAACAUAACUUUGACCUGAGGUCUUUGGUGGAAGCAGUUGACACAGUGAAACAGAAAAUCACUCUGCUAGAAACCAAUGAUCGACGAUUAGUUGUUUUAGAAGGGGAGACUAACAAACAUGAUGCUCACAUUAACAUUCAUAAAACACAGCUGAAUAAAAAUGAAGAGCGAUUUAAACUGCUCGAGGGUGCCUGCUACAAUGGAAAGCUCAUCUGGAAGGUGACGGACUACAAGGUGAAGAAAAGGGAGGCAGUGGACGGGCACACAGUCUCCAUCUUCAGCCAGCCAUUCUAUACCAGCCGCUGCGGCUACCGGCUGUGUGCUCGAGCAUACUUGAAUGGGGAUGGGUCCGGGAAGGGGACACACCUGUCCCUGUACUUUGUGGUGAUGCGAGGAGAGUUUGACUCACUGUUGCAGUGGCCAUUUAGGCAGAGAGUGACCCUGAUGCUUUUGGACCAGAGUGGCAAAAAGAACCACAUUACGGAGACCUUCAAAGCUGACCCCAAUAGCAGCAGUUUUAAAAAACCUGAUGGGGAGAUGAACAUUGCAUCUGGCUGUCCCCGCUUUGUGGCUCAUUCCACUUUGGAGAGCACCAAGAACACCUACAUUAAAGAUGACACGCUGUUUUUGAAAGUGGCCGUGGACUUGACUGACCUGGAAGAGCUCUAGUCUCUGUAUACAGAGUAAUGGGAGCAUGGAGCGUGGAGGACACAAUGGAUGGAUUUAGACUCAAUGCACCAUUAUUGGGCUUCUUGUCUUUCAUGUUUGAAGUCAGUUUGAAACUUCCAAAGAACCACUUUUUUUCCUGCACUUUACUCUGAUGCAGUUGGAAACUUAGAACUCGAAGACUAUCUUAUUAUUUAUAUGUUAUAUCUCAUGGAAGAUGGUAUGUUACUUUAAAGUGAAGCAAGGCUUGUCUCUUAUUGGUGCUUAGUGAAGCGUCUCAGAUACUUUAUCCCUCACCCUGAAGACAAAGGAAGCAGAAUUCCCAGCUGAAACUUCUUGGGUAUUUAUCCACCCAAAUUAUAUCUAAACACAGUGUUGCCUAUUCUUGUUGGAGACUGAAAUCGUAAGUUGCUAUGAAAAUGGGAAUGUAUGUAAACUUGUAAUUUUCUUGUCUGAAUCCAAACUACUUUCUGAAGAAUAGAAAUGAUCAUGUUCUUAGGCGUCUAUCCAUAUAGAUCUGGAUGUGUAUACAUAUACAAAUCAAGAUGAGCCCUGUGACUCUCAAUAAUAAGCCCAAGCUUAACCAAAACAAGAGUGUUUUGCUACCUGGAAAUGUACUAUUAUUGGUCCUUCACGGGUUGGCUCUCCUAUCUGAGGAUAAAUGUCAUGACCUCAAGGCCUGAGGGCAACACACAUCUUACCAUUUAUGAACAGUUCACCCUAAUGAAGAGCCAUGAAUUGUAUUACUUACUUCUAGGAAUGACAGGCACUUUCUUUCUUUCUCUUGUGGAAUUUUCAAGAUGCUAAAGACUCAUCCACAGGAAUCAUCCCUGAGGACUAAAUUCAAAGACAAGAGGUGCAGAGUAAAUUUGGGUUAGAGAACUACACUGUGACUCCUGGUCAGCUCUGGUUGGUUCUGGUCAACAUCAUCUCGGACAAACUCAGCAUACAUCCUGUUGCUCACAAGGCCAGAACCGGAAGGUGCUGCUUGUUUGUCUCUUUCUAAUCAUGUCCAAGCUUACUCCGUGUCUCUUGGAAGCAGUAAACCUUGUUGUAAUUAGUUUUAAGCAGCUGGUGUGGUUUGUCUGUUAAUGAAUUUAAGUGUAUACAAGGUAUGUCAUGGUAUGGUUUGUUUAGGAAUUCAGUCUCUAUCACUGAUACAAUGAUUAAGUGAAAAUAGUGUUUUGUAAGAGUUGUGAUUUUUAUUUUUUUUUAAAAGUGGAUCCAUAUAAACUAUUUUUCCUCUUACUUUAUAUAGUUAUUCUGUAUUAAUACAUUUAAGUUUUUAUUUCCAUUUUGGUUUAAUGUUGAUUGAUUCCAGAUCAAAAACAAAACAACAAUAAAAUGUAUGAGGUAUACAGGGAGCGUACCUGUCCUGGGAAGGAUAUGUAAGGAUUACAGUAAGGUGGGGAGUUUGUGCACAUAUUAACAUAUAAAUAGAUCUGAGUCUGAUCCUGACCUCUGGAUUUGUGAUUUGGGAGAAAUAAAGUUUGUAACAGCCAAAUUCAAAUACAAGUCCUGAAUACAAAUAAAUAGGAUAUGAGGCACAAAGCCUUCCUGUGGUAUCUGGACAAGCAGCCUACACCAUCAGUACCUUUCUCUUAAGCUUCAGGCUCAGGUGUCGAUGUAUCUGCUGUACAUUUCUGCACACAUUUCCACAGCGAAAGUACUUGAAAGUCCAUUUUACAGAGUUUACCUAGAAGUCUCGCCAGUCUCACCACUGUGAACCAUGGCUCCUCGAGGUCUUUUACCACAAUUAAUGACACCAUCCAAAGCACAGUCUGUAUACUGCAUUUUUCUUUAGCCUCCAAAUACUUCUUUAAAAUUGGCAGUUUGACCUCGUAGUGUAUUCUGUUUGCCCCUACUGUAUAUCAAAUCCUUAUUUUAAGCCUACAUCUUUUUUAAACUCAUAGCUGUUCUAUUUUCCGUUUUGCUGCUUUGAAAUCUAGCAUCCAUGCUGUCACCUAAUCUUUCUAAAAUGUAAUCUAAGUAGGACUCCCCACUUUCCACCCUGUGGUGCUACCUGAGAAUGAGUCCACACGCCCUUGGCUCACAAGGCCUUUCAUACCCAACCCUGCCUUUCUAGACAUUUCUCCUACUUUGUGUUUAGCAAUAUCGCCUACACCAUCUGGUGUUUGUCUGAGCUUGUGCUGCAGGACUGUUGGAAAUACUUUUGUCCCUCCUUAACUCCUUUUCCUGGUGUCUUCUUGCCUUUGAGGUUCAGAAGGGACAAUGAAAGAAUAAAGGAUCUAGUGUAGGGAAAUGCACUAAAGAUUGUCAUGGAAGGCCUUUAUGGUGAGUAACACAAUGUUUAGUAUUCAUGUGAAAUGUUUUCCAAAAGCCCAGAACUUUGUAGCACUCUUAGAAUGUCUGAGACAUUUGCUAUGAGAAAAUAUUUUCAUUGAACUUCUGGCACAGAUGUGACCUGGGGCCCUCCAAAGAGGCCGCCCAAAACUCCAGCUUGGAAGUGAGCAAGAGGAGAAAACACGUAUAUACUUUUGCUAGCCUGUGAUAAUCAUCAGUGACUGCAGAAUCGCAGUCUUACUGAGGGGUGGCAGCAGCAGUUGAUUCCCACUAGAUCUUUGAGUAUGUUGGGGUGGUUUUGCCUCCACUCCUUGGAUGAGAUUCUGUGAGCUACAUUGUGUUGUUAAUGAAAGUCCCUUUCUCAUACAGAGUAAAUGCUAUUAUUUGUAAUAACCUAACCAAAUCAAACUGAAACCUGAAAGUUGAGUCAGCCAUAGGAAGAACAGGUGGAAUGGAUGAGAAUUCUGGGCAGAGGUCCCUGAGGAGUUGGGUCACAGAGGUGAGGCCAGUGUAGAAGGAGCCCAGUAAAAGAAGGGAAGAAGCAUUUGAUGAGUUUAGAGAGGUAGUCAGGGCUCAGACUGUAAUGCUGAGGCUGUGGUGAGUUUGUGAUCAGCUGAAGUAUAAUGAAAGGUAAUGUUAGGUGAAAA